AUGUCCGACCAAGACGUUAAUCCAAACCAAUACAGCAAAUUGCGAAGUAUCUACAAAUACUAUAUCGAUUCAUAUCAUGCAUUGUAUCAGUUGAAAUCGGAAACAGAAGAAGAAUUAAAGUCAAUUUACAAAAUGAUCAAAACUGAAUUGAUUGAUUCAAAGAAAUUUCUUCCAGCAAAUGUAAUAAAAGACAUUUUAAAUAUCAUUCCGUAUAAUAAUCGCUAUGUCAUGUCAUAUUUAUUUCUUGGCAAACUCAUAUAUGAUGAAUAUCGUGUGGAAGAAUUAAACAAUGACGAAAUUUUUUCAAUCUCUCUGUUUCAUAAAGAAUAUGGAAUUAAAUUAGACAAAUCUGCCGAUUUUGAAGAAUACAAUUCAGAAAAUCUCGGUAUUCAUACAGGAAAUACAAUUUACAGAGCAAUUAUGAAUAAUGACUUAGAAAAAUUCAUACAAUUCACUGAAAGAGAUGAAUUUGAUAAAGGUCAAAUACUUGAAAACUAUUUGUAUCCAAUUUCUAAGAACGGAUAUUCAUUACUUGAAUUAUGUUGUUACCAUGGAGCAGUUGAUUGUUUCAAGUUAUUAAGAACGAAAUUCAGCUCAAAAAUAACUCAAAAAUGUCUAAAAUUUUCAUUUUUAGGAGGAAACAAAGAAAUUAUGAGUGAAUGCUUGAAAUAUCAAAAACCAGAAGAAAAAUGCAAUAAAUAUGCAAUUAUUUCACACAACAUUGAUUUUGUUACAUUCUUGAUGAAUGAAUACAAUAUAGAGAUUGAUUUAGAAUAUUGUGGACUAUACAAUAAUCUUGAAUCCUUUUUAGUUUAUUUCGAUCAAACUAAUGAUAUUAACAAAUGCUUUAUUUAUUGUUCACUUUUUAAUAUUCCAUCCCUUUUGGAAUACUUCCUUUCACUUGGUGCGAAUAUCAAUGGAAAAGAUGAAGUUGGGAGAACAGCACUUCAUAUUGCUGCAAGAAAAAAUAGUCAAGAGGCUGCUGAAUUUCUUAUUUCGCAUGGUGCGAAUGUCAAUGGAAAAGAUGAUGAGGGGAAAACCGCACUUCAUACUGCAGCAUUGGAAAAUAGUACAGAAACUGCCGAGAUUCUUAUUUCACAUGGUGCGAAUAUUAAUGAAAAAAAUGAGGGUGGAAGAACAGCACUUCAUAUUGCAGCGUUGAUGAACCAUAGAAGAAUUGCUGAAGUUCUUAUUUCACAUGGUGCGAAUAUUAAUGAAAAAGAAAAUCAUGGAAAGACUGCAUUUCACAUUGCUGCAUGGAAUAAUAGUAAAGAAACUGCUGAAAUUCUUAUUUCACAUAGUGCAAAUGUCAAUGAAAAAGAUGAGGAUGGAAAAACAGCACUUGAUAUCGCAACAAUCGAAAAUAACAAAGAAAUGGUUGAUCUUCUUAUUUCGCAUGGUGCGAAUAUCAAUGAAAAAACUGAAAAUGGAAUAACAGCACUUUAUAUCGCAACAAUCGAAAAUAAUAAAGAAAUGGUUGAACUUCUUAUUUCACAUGGUGCGAAAAGAUGA